GCCAGGCCGCCAGCGCUCUGGGCACAGAUGGUUCUCGUUCCCGCUGCCUCUCUUCCGCAGGAAAAACAAACUAGCCCGGGGCCAACAGGCUCUGUUUUAUCUUGUGUUUAUUUUUGUUGCCAUUUGCUUUUGCCUGAAGCCAGCGGCCUUGUGGGCUGCAGUUCUGCAGAGGGUCCAGCGAGAAGGCCCUGGCAUUUCCCUGACCUUAGUUAGGGCAGCUCUCCCAGGAGGGGCGGCCGGGCUCCUGAGGACAGUAGUCCACUUCCUGCUCCCAGACUUGUCCCUGUCCCGUGGGGCACAGUGACUUUUCCCAGGUUUGGAGUCUUCUGGAGGCACCAGCAGGGCUGGGAUUGAGGCCAGCAGGACAGAGGCAGGAUGGAGACCUCGUGCCUGGAGCUGGCCCUGGAGGGCGAGCGUCUCUGCAAGGCCGGGGACUUCAAGGCGGGCGCGGCCUUCUUUGAGGCAGCGGUGCAGGUGGGCACCGAGGACCUGAAGACUCUCAGCGCCAUCUACAGCCAGCUGGGCAAUGCCUACUUCUACCUGAAGGAGUACUCCCGGGCGCUGGAGUACCACAGGCACGACCUGCUGCUGGCCCGGACCAUCGGCGACCGCAUGGGGGAAGCCAAGGCCAGCGGGAAUCUGGGUAACACACUCAAGGUGCUCGGCCGCUUUGACGAGGCCAUUGUGUGCUGCCAGCGGCACCUGGACGUCGCCCGGGAGCAGGGGGACAAGGUCGGGGAGGCCAGGGCAUUGUACAACAUCGGCAACGUGUACCACGCCAAGGGCAAGCAGCUCUCCUGGAACGCCGCACAGGACCCUGGGCACCUGCCGCCCCAUGUCCGGGAGCCACUGCGCAGAGCCUCCGAGUUCUAUGAGAGGAACCUGUCCCUCGUGAAGGAGCUGGGCGACCGGGCGGCCCAGGGCAGGGCGUAUGGCAACCUGGGCAACACACACUACCUGCUGGGGAGCUUCGUGGAGGCCACGACCUUCCACAAGGAGCGCCUGGCCAUUGCUAAGGAAUUUGGAGACAAGGCGGCCGAGAGGAGGGCGUACAGCAACCUGGGGAACGCCCACAUCUUCCUGGGGCGCUUUGACGUGGCCGCCGAGUACUACAAGAAGACGCUGCAGCUGUCCCGGCAGCUCAAGGACCAGGCGGUGGAGGCACAGGCCUGCUACAGCCUGGGCAACACCUACACUCUGCUGCAGGACUACGAGCGCUCGGCCGAGUACCACCUUCGGCACUUGCUCAUCGCCCAGGAGCUGGCCGACAGAGUGGGAGAGGGCCGGGCGUGCUGGAGCUUGGGGAAUGCCUACGUGUCCAUGGGGAGCCCGGCACAGGCCCUGACCUUCGCCAAGAAGCACCUGGAGAUCUCCCAGGAGAUCGGGGACCGAAACGGGGAGCUCACGGCCCGCAUGAACGUGGCACAGUUGCAGCUGGUGCUGGGCCGGCUGAGCAGCCCCGCAGCCACGGAGAAGCCCGACCUGGCCGGCUACGAGGCCCAAGGUGCCAGGCCCAAGAGGACACAGAGGCUGAGUGCAGAGACCUGGGGCCUGCUGAGGCUCCCCCUGGAACGGGAGCAGAAUGGAGACAGCCACCAGCUGGGGGAGUGGCGGGGGCCGGGCAGGGACAUGCUCCCUCUCCCCAUGAGGAGCAGGAAGUACCAGGAGGGGCUGGAGACCGCUGAGAGGCCCCGCGAGGGCGGCCACUCCCCGCUGGACAGCGCGGACGUCCGCGUGCAGGUGCCUCGCACGAGCAUCCCUCGGGCCCCGUCCUCCGACGAGGAGUGCUUCUUUGACCUGCUGAGCAAGUUCCAGAGCAGCCGCAUGGAUGACCAGCGCUGUCCCCUGGAGGAGGGUCAGCCCGGGGCCGCCGAGGCCACCGCCGCCCCCAGCCUGGAGGAGAGGGUCGCCCGGCCCUCGCUGACGGCCUCCCCGCAGACCGAAGAGUUCUUCGACCUGAUCGCCAGCUCGCAGAGCCGCCGGCUGGACGACCAACGUGCCAACGUAGGCAGCUUGCCUGGGCUCCGCAUCACCCACAACAACCUGGGACACCUGCGUGCCGACGGGGACCCGCAGGAGCCUGGGGACGAGUUCUUCAACAUGCUCAUCAAGUGCCAGAGCCGAGCAAGGCGCGGCCCCGGGCGAGUCCGACGAGCCUCAAAGCCGGCCCUACGGAGAGCCCCCAGCCCCCGGCCGCACCGGCUCCGAUGGCCGCACCGGCUGCCGGCCUUUCUGCUCCAGACCCUGCAGAGAAGCCCAAAUGCCUCGUCGGCCCCACGCCAGCCCCAGCCCCUCCGCACGUCGGGCGCCGGGAGCCCCCGGUCCUGUCCGCGCGGCUCCUGAACGCACCACCAUCGGGGGGCCUUGGGAGCGGCACGGGAAGGCCGCCCGGCGGUCCCCUCACCCCGUGUCUGGCGGGCAUCGUUCGGCCCUCUGCCCCUGGGCGGCCUGGGGGGAGGCCCCUCGCCCCCCGGGGCCGGGGCUGCUGGUGUGCCCGCGGAGCUGAUGGUACAGGUGCACGGAGGGAGGCCCUCCCGAGCCGGCCUUGCGGCUGGACAGCGGCCCCCGCCUGGGAGUGGUGCCCGAGGCCGCCGAGCACUGGCCCAGCUGCUGGGGGGGGGGCCC